GUGAGUCCGAGUCAUGUUAGAGUGCCGAGAACUCGUAAUGCUUAUCAUUCGACGACGAACGAGGCGAGGAUGGUCAUAAAAUCAAUGCCAGAGACCAAUCAAGCAAAUGGCACAAACUUUGAACCCGCAGACGACCGCGACAACGACCGGAUAUUGAGCGUCCAGUCACACGUCGCAUAUGGAUAUGUGGGUGGAAAGGCUGCCGUAUUUCCCCUCCAAUGCAUGGGCUAUGAUGUUGAUGUAGUCAACACCGUGAAUUUUUCAAAUCACACCGGUUAUGGACGCUUCGGUGGGACCAAAACAUCUGCAGAAGAACUCACGGCCAUCUUUAAGAUGAUGGAUGAAGUUGGCUUGUUGUCUCCCGGCAGACUUCUCACAGGUUAUAUACCAAACGCCGCUGCUUUGGGAGUAGUAAAAGAACUUGCACAAAAACUCAAGACACGUAACCCGCAUCUCAUAUACCUUAUGGACACUGUACUCGGCGACUCGGGAACGCUCUAUGUCUCACAAGAUGUAAUACCCAUGUACAAGGAGAUGCUUUCUUUGGCGACUAUUAUCACUCCUAACUGGUUCGAAGUCGAGACUCUUACCGGUGUACCAAUCCUCUCUCUAAGCGCUCUCCGUAACGCCCUAUCCAUCCUACACGAGCGCGUUCAACACGUCGUUAUUUCCUCCAUCCCUUUACAACCAUGGUUAUCCGAUGUCAUACCUGAAACCAUGCAACCUGCAGCCUCCACGGAUGACCAACAGGCUUAUCUCCUCUGUAUCUCCUCAUCCCGCACAAUAGGGUCAAGUUCUCAUUCAACGGUGCACUCCAGGCUCGUCCCACUGAUUCCAGGAUACUUCUCCGGAGUAGGCGACCUCUUCUCCGCACUAACUCUCGGCCACUUCAACCCAUCCCUAAGGCCUUCAGAAGGCAAACUUCAUUCAGCAACACAAACCCCAUUGUCAUUAGCCGUUGCCGCUGCUCUGCACAAGACGUACUCGAUCCUUGAGUUCACCAAUACCUUUGCAGCGCAGCUUCCGCCUGGAGACCGCGAGACUACUGAUGAUGAAUGUGACGCAGCUGAGCCCACGCGAAAGCUCAAACGAAUGAGAGGCAGAGAGCUUAGGCUUGUGCAGGGGCAGCACAUAUUACGAGAGGAAUGGAGGGAGGGACAGGGGAAAGACCUGCAAUUCUGGGAUGGAUUUUGGGACUCGUUCUAGAGAUAUACCAGUUCCCUGCAUAUCACUUAUUGUAUCACCCGCGAUCAGAAAUUUAUGCUUGCUUUUCCCAAGAAA